CUAGUCCUUGCUGCCCAAGAGCGCGGUAUAAUCGCAGCCACCGACAGGACGCUCACAUGUUCUCGCGUCAUCUCCACGCGCUCUUUCUCGCUUGUCUCUUCUACCCCUUCUCUUCCCAUGCCGCCGACUCCCAGGAAGCGCUCUUGGUCGAUACACAACAGCGUAGUGGGCAAGUGAAGUCGGUUCUUGAGAGGGAACCAGUGAAGGAGGCUGCAUGUAAACAUAUCCCCACAGGUCCUAUAGAGACCACCCAAUGCAAUUAUGAGUCGAUAGAGAGCGUUACAGACGACCUCUACAACGAGCUACACUCCCUCGUCGAGACUCCGUUCUUCAAGUUCUUCCGGGUCGACCUCUACCGCGAUUGCCCAUAUUGGCAAGAAAACGGUCUGUGUAUGAACCGCGAGUGCGGCAUCACUACAGUAGACGAGAGUGAAAUUCCAGAACGAUGGCGUGCGGCGGAGCUGAGUAAGGUGGAGAUGCCUUUCGGCGACCAACGGACGAAACUCCCUGGUUGCUAUUACCGCGACUCAGACUUCUGCUUCCUGGACGACAUGACCGAAGGCGACUACGUUGACCUCACUCUCAAUCCCGAACGGUUUACUGGCUAUACCGGUCCAUCUGCACAUCGUGUCUGGGAGGCUAUCUACAAGGAGAACUGCUUCGGCAUGACUGAAUGGGACGUCAUCCCGUCAACCUCUCCGAACCAUGGACUCGGUGCUCUUCCGAACAGCCUGAAGGAGGCGGUGGGCGGUGAUGACACGGAAGACCCGAAGGAGUGUCUGGAGCGGAAGGUGUACUACAGGGUCGUCUCCGGUCUCCAUGCGAGUAUCUCCACGCACAUCUGUCAUGACACCAUGAACCAAACCACUGGCGAAUGGGGACCCGACCUGAAGUGCUUCAUCUCGCGCGUCGCAGCGUACCCAGAGCGCCUGCAGUAUAUCUACUUCGACGCAGUACUGCUCCUCCGCGCGGUCGCGCGGCUCGGCCCAUAUCUGACCGCGUACGACUACUGCGCGAGCGGGACCCAUGAGGACGACGCGGAGACGCUCGCGCGCCUCACCCGCGUCAUAGAUGUAGCGACCGAGGUCGGCCGCUUCGACGAGACCGCCAUGUUCCGCGGAGAGAACGCGAACGUGCUCAAGGAGGAGUUCAAGGAGCACUUCCGGAACGUCACGCGCAUCAUGGACUGCGUCGGCUGCGACAAGUGCAGGCUCUGGGGCAAGGUUCAGACCACGGGUAUCGCAACGGCGCUCAAAGUGCUGUUCGAGCUCGACGAAAAGGCACUUGACCCGAAGGCGAACACGAACCUGCUUCAACGCUCCGAGGUCGUCGCGCUCAUCAACACGCUUCACCGUCUCAUGGAGUCUCUGCACAUGGUCCAGGACUUCCGACGCAUGUGGGCCGAGACAGGCGCAGAGGAAGAGGCGAACCUGGUCUCGGAGUCCGCUUCAGCGCGCAAGGCGCAACACUCGCCAGGAGUUGAUGGUUCCAGCCCCUCGCCGCAGUUCUUGGCUGGUUUACUCGACCGCUUAGCGUGUUGGGUCCGGGCAUGUCGCGACGGGACCGUCGGGUGCCUCCAGGGGUUCUUCGACGGGAUCCAGGACAUGCUCGAGGCCGCGCUCAGCAUCUUCAGGGUGUCUGGAAAGGACCAGGUCCCGAGGAGCGAGCUAUGAUCGUUCCGUGAUCGCUCAGGGUUGCAGGUAGUAUUAUUUAUGGAUGAGUACUUUGCAAUUGUAUAGGUAUAAUGAUACUGCACUUUACGGACAACUCUAAACG